AUGAAGCAGCAAAUCUGCUCAGCGGAUAUCGCUCUCGAAUUUGACCGGCUGAGGAACGAUUACAUCCUGGAGGCGGACGAGAAUGCUUUGAAAUUCCUCGAAAAGGCACGUACAUCGCUUGAAUCGCCACAAACGCUGAAAAGACGAGACACUUCAGAAAAUCCCUCCUUCAUUAUGCUGCCAUGGGAAAAUAAUGACACUCCAUUGUCUUAUCUUGUUUACGCAGGUAAUCCGAAAAUGGGCAACUUGAAAGCAACAGAAGCUUUUCUUAGGGAGAGAGGGGCGAAAUUGAAUGGGAGUAAAAAUGCUUUCAAAAGGGCUUGGGUUUGGAUCUUGACAUAUUCUCGACUGCUAUCCUGUGUCCGCCCGAAUGCCUGA